AUGUGCACAACCGAUCACUAUACAUACGUUUACCCAGAUGGCCACAAAGAGACUGUGAGAAAGCCGGCGCUGUGCCCGUCUUCCCGCCACGGCCGGCCGUGCUCCCAGAACGUUGUGUUCAAGCACGGUACGAGGUCUGCUUCCCACAGCCAUGCAGUUGCUCCCACCUAUAUGAUGGCCUCGGGUGCCGCCUACGCUCCUCCAUAUUAUGGUGCCUACCCCCCAACUCCUUUUUAUACUCCACGCAUUUGCACCCCAACAUAUCGCUCGGGUGACGACUCGGACCGAUCAUACCACAGCACAUCCAGCUGCUGCAGACGGAGAAGCGUAUACAUGGACCCGAGAAUGGAAUCCAGCUCCAGCUCCAGCCGCCACGGACAAGGCGGACGAACCGUACUUGUCCACAACCCACCCACCCAGUCAACGCCGCCUCCAGCGUUUACAUUUCCCCGGACCGCCCCUUCAUCGCCCAGCUUUGCGAAUGCCGCGCCGUUCAUUGUGGACACGUCCCUCGGAGGAUACUCGUCCAGACGACCCAUGAUUGUGGACGAGCGGCCUCGCCGCAACCGUGAGCCUGCCCACAUUCAUAUCGAAGUCCAUGACGAUGGACGAAAGAAGAGACACCGUCGUCGGACGUCUUCCACCAGCUCAUACAGCAGCCGACGCUCGUAUCUUGGCGCCUCGGAAGAGGACGAGACGCGCCGGCGUCGCCACGACGCCGAGGCGCUUCGUACUGAAACCCGGCGGCUGGCACAAGAAGACGAGAUUCGCCAGCAGAGGCUCCGUGAUCGGAUCGCCAGAGACAACGCGGAAAUCGCCAGGCGGGAGCCAGUUCCCCUGCCACCGACCCUGAGGCGGUCCACGACGGCCGCCAAGGCCACGCACCACGUUGGAGACCGAGAGGAUGAGCUGCUGGAGAGGGUCCAGCGGCUCGACAUUGAGGAGGAGGAGCUUCGAAAGGACCGAGGGCGGGCCGCCAGGCGAGACGAGGAGGAUUACCAACGAAUGCUGCCGCGGCGCCGGGCCACCGUCGGACCUGGCAGCCGACGAGCCCGCGCCGAGUACAGCGACGGAGUGUAUCGGUGGGAGUGA